AUCAGACGCAUAAACAUGAAUGACGAAGACUACAGCACCCCUUACGACACAAUCCAAAAAGAGAGGGCAUAUGAGGUUCCAGACCAGCCAGCAGAAAAUGAAGGUCCCCUUUAUAAUAACAUCCAUGAAGACUGGAGGUCGGAAAGUAAUUUAUAUGCCACUGAGCUGGGAACCAACGGAUACGACUUCGUAUCGGUUUAUGCCGUUAGGAGUGAGGAGAACAGCAUGGCCUAUUCCCAGCCAGAAGACAGAGGCUACCUCCUGCCUGAUGAGGUAAGUCCUGAGGCCCAGGAUCUUCUACAAGCUGAGCCCCAGGAACAGAGGGACAUCAUGAUGGGAGGAACUCAGCACCAGGAGACAAGCCCAGAAGAGCCACAGGAGAGCAGAGGCAUGAUGGAGGAGAACCUGUCUUCUCCUUCAGCCUUCACUGCGGAGGAGAGCAGUGGAUAUUCCUCCACCUACUAUUCUGAGGCUGAUGACUUGGAAGAAAACCAAUCAGCUUUCAGAAGCCCUGACAUCACCCUCUUUGUGAAGGCUGGAAUUGAUGGGGAAAGCAUUGGCAACUGUCCCUUCUCUCAGCGUCUGUUUAUGAUCCUCUGGCUGAAAGGAGUCGUGUUCAAUGUCACCACUGUGGAUCUGAAAAGGAAGCCAGCCGACCUGCACAACCUGGCCCCUGGCACCCACCCGCCCUUCCUGACCUUCAACGGGGAUGUGAAGACCGACGUCAAUAAGAUCGAGGAGUUCCUGGAGGAGACUCUGACCCCUGAAAAGUACCCCAGACUGGCUGCAAAACACCGGGAAUCCAACACAGCAGGCAUCGACAUCUUCUCCAAGUUCUCUGCCUACAUCAAAAAUACGAAGCAGCAAAACAAUGCUGCCCUGGAGAGAGGCCUGACCAAGGCUCUGAGGAAACUGGAUGACUACCUGAACACCCCUCUGCCGGAGGAGAUCGACGCCAACACUCACGGGGAUGACGGCAAGGGGUCCCAGCGCAAGUUCCUGGACGGGGACGAGCUGACCCUGGCCGACUGCAACCUGUUGCCCAAGCUCCAUGUGGUCAAAAUUGUGGCCAAGAAAUACCGCAAGUAUGACUUCCCGGCUGAGAUGACAGGCCUGUGGCGGUACCUCAAGAACGCCUACGCCAGGGACGAGUUCACCAACACCUGCGCCGCGGACGAGGAGAUAGAGCUGGCCUACGCCGACGUCGCCAAGCGCCUCAACCGAUCCUGAGCGCGGCCACCCAACCCCAUCACUGCUGCAGAAGACCUCAGCUUCUCUCAAAGGCCUCCGGCUUCACAAACUCCUCUCCCACGCUGCCUUGAGAAACUCUUUUCUGGUCAGGCUGCACCUUGCUGGCUUCAUUAGAACUCCCGCCUGCUGUCCUCUGUGAAGGUCAGCGCCAACCCCGUCUGAUCACGCAGGAAUCUGCAAGCAGAAAUGCUAGAAACAAACUCCCAGCCUUUGGGCCUUGUCUGAGUUCAGUGUAUUUGGGGUCAGUGUUGGAGAACCCACGCAUGGGAUCGUCACCGGCCCUAUCUGCCAACAUCAAACUAUCUCCUCGGAUGCGUUAGAAAUAUGCAACGCCAUGUCCACCUCUGUGCUCCUCUUUGUCAGUAACUCCAAGGCCAAGGACAAAUGCCAUCUUAGUUCUUAUUAGAAAGAGCUCCCCUGCUCUUAGGGGAGACAGAGAGAGUGAAUGGAGAGGAACUAAGCAGGCUGGAUUUUGGCAUCUGGCAGACGCACCUCAAGUCACUCACUACUUUCCGACACUCCUGUCACACUGGGCACUUUGGGCACAGUCUCAGUUUACCGCAGUGCUGUGAAUGUUGCAAUGCUAUCGUGCACCUGGCUGACACGGACCUUUGUUUUCAUGCUGCCCGGGCCUUGCCAGAAAAGGAAAUCGGCAUGCAAUUCCAAAUUCGGGGGACUGGGGCUGGGAGGGGAGGGGAGCAGUGUUGAUGCCAAAAGGCCCAUGGGGGUCUACCAGCCAUGGGUUUGACUGCUUAGGGGUAAUUGCUUUGUUGCAGGUUACAUGCCUGGGUUUGACUAUGUUUAUCUACGAGUGAAUUUUGGUCCAUGAGAAAACAGAAGUGUGUGGGAGGUAGAGGGAUGGGUGAACAUGAAAGAGUCCUUUUUGAUGCUCACCUAUCUCUGGGAAUUUUGAGGGCAGGUCUUCUGUCUCAUGAUCUAACUAAGUCUUGAACUGGUGAUGUCAUGUGACUACCAACCUUGUAGCAAAAACCCCAGAAUUGGCCAAAAAUGACCUUGCAGGCUCUCUAAGUAGUUUCUGGAUGCGGAUCUCUGUCUGGGUGCUCUCGGGCAGCCGCUCCGGGCUGACUCCACUGCAGCCUCUGAUGGGUGAGUCACAGUGAGGAGGUGGUAGCAUGCUCAUGGACCCUUAGGAAGAAAGCCCUGAGUCUUUCUGACUGGGAAACCAUGUGGUUUGAACUUGAGAAAAAAAAAUAUGCCCAUCUGGGUUAAUGUUCUUACCAUCUGACUCAACUACCAGAUGAAGAAAAGGAAACUUUAUUUUAGAUAAUAUUGCUCUCCUUAGUUGUUGUUCUUGAGUUUCACCUCCUUAGAAGCUUACCCUGCAUGAGUGUGGGGACCAGUGCGAAAGAAACGAAGAGAAAUGAACUGAUCGUCAGCUCCCUCUCCCAGGGAACUCCCUGUGAGGAAAUCCACCCACCACAGACCCUCACCUUCAACAAUCCUCCCUUCUCUGGUGCCUGUCGGCCAAGAGCGAGGUUCCCAAACGCCGGAAAGCCCCAGGACUUGGCUCAUUGCUCGGGGAGGGCAGAGCGGCAUGGGUCUUUUCCAUAGAAACAUCAACAAAUUCUAACCCAAGCAAUCCCCGGACCUACCUGCCUCCAGGGAUCUCUGAAGGAAAAAGUGGCCCGUUGAUCAGAGCAGAAAGGGGAGGAAGCAGGGGGUGUCCUUCAGCCCACUGAGGAAGAGGAAAUUUCUCAGUAGGACAUUUUACAAGCCUGAGAGUUUUGAAAGGCAGAAUGAGUUGAUUCAUUUCCCCCUCUGAAGGAUCCUUCCCACAACUCCCUGGAAACCUGUCUCUGGAGGUGCUUAAAAUGGAGAACUGGUGAGGAAAUAGUCUUUUUUUUUACCUUAAGGAAAAGCCCCAAACUGGCCUCUUGGGGCAUGAAAGCGUGAAUGAUCCCAAAGGACUUUUAAUUUGUGUGAAGUCCUCUUGUCCUGGGAAUUUGCCCCCCUUCCCUUCGCAUCCCAGGCACCAUGACCUCAGAGGCAGUCUGCUCUCCCGAGACCCACGGUGGCCCUGUUCUUGAAGCACAUCCGCGUAGUGCAGCCAGGGCAACAGAGAAAACAGACGGAUGCCAGGAGGACCGACUGCCCCGGAGGGGUUGGCAGACAGACACUAGCAGCCUUGAUUUGAUAUUCGGAGUUCCAAUAGCUGGCCAGUCUUUAAAAGCAGUCUUUAAAAACAAACAGGCCAAACCAAAUCAAUAUUGUUGUUUCUAGAUGUUCCUUCUGUGGCUGACUUAAUUUUACAUGAAUAACAAUAUUAAUAGGCAUGGAGGGCAGAUACAUGAUUAAUUAUAAUUAUUUAAAAGAGGGGAAGGAGCCAGAGAUGGAGGGAUACUUAAUUCAGGAAUAUCUUUUUAUUUCAACAGUACAUUAUCAUAUAAUGCAACUAUUGACUUAGAGAUUCAAGUUCUUAUGACCAGAUUUAUCAGAGUAUUUUUAAAUAAUGACAAUGUGCCCUUCUGAUUCACUUUGUUUUUUCAAAAAAAAGAUUUUUCUUUAGAUGCUUCAGCCUCCUGGGGGUUUGGCCAUGACCUUGUAGCAAAUCAUACCCCAGCGACAGUGUGGGCGGUUCUCAGGUGUCCCCAGCACCAGCUCAGGGAGGACUGGAGGUGUGCGGUCUGACCACACGCUCCAGAGCUCUAUGACAGGAUGUGACUCUUGUCAUGGGUCUUGAAUGAACACUAAUCCCUCAGAAAGCAUUUCAGUGUGGCCCAGAAAUGGAGUUCAUUUGGGUUGCGUUCUUGUUUUAUAUUUCACUUAUUUCUCUCCUGUGACUGGCAUGUCACUAUUUUUUUGCGGGGUGGCUAAGUGGGAGGCUGAGGCAGAAACAAGAGUCAAACUCCGAGUGACUGUUGAAUUUGCCCACCUACUCAGCACUGUCUACCUCUCUGGUUGGCCCAGAGUGAAGCUAUUGGAGAAGAUUUUAGUAACUAUAAAAGAUGAGCUAAGUAAAUCUUGAUUGAUCCAGAGCAUAGUGCCUUCUGUUGUUUGCCUUCAUCUCUUGACAAAGGAGGCCAAAUAAAUGCCCUGACAAUUCAGAAUCACAGACACGGCUAUGAGGAUCUUGUCUAAACAAGGGAUGGAGCUCCCCGGCACCAGACUAAGGAGUUGGAAAGUGAAAAACACUCAAUCACUUUCUUUGGCCACAGGAUCUCAGACUAGUUUCAACUCCCAAAGAAAUGGUGGUGUCCCUAAUGGUCACUUCUGCUGGUGGGGACAGUGAGGAGCUGGAAUUUUAAUUAGAAAAAAACAUGUUUUCUAGCAUUUGUCAAAUGAAGGAAGCAACAGAAGCUCUUCACCAUAUCUGUGCCCACUGGCAAUUUUGCCAACAGAAAAUACGAAGCAUCAUAGAAUUGUCACAAAAUGGAUCACUCCUGGAAUAGAGCCUAAAGUUCUAAGAGUCUCAGGAAUCAGCAAGAUCUGAGGGGGAAAAAGGAGUGGGGGAGGCAGAGUCAGAAAGGUGCAGGUGUAUUCGGUAGGAGCUUGUCAUCAUGAGAAACCCGUGGGAGUCUGUAUCUAACAUAAAGCCGGCCCAGAGGUAGCAGAUACCCAGGAGGUACUGCUGUGUCUCAGCCCUGUUCCCGCCAGCCUGGAGCCAUCUCAACAGCACGGUGUGAGUCGAGAUGGUGGCGUCUCCCUACUUGCACGGGUGAAGCAUUAACUUAGAGAUGAAAUUAAGACCAUGAUUCCCAAGGGAUAACUUCCUUAUUUUUGUGUAUGACAUUAAAAAAAUCAUAAGCAUUAGAGAAAGAAAUGUGCUUGUAAAGCAUCCUGGUUCUGGUGUCAGGAGAACUGACGGAGUCACACUGCCGGCCUCGGGCCCUUUUUGCACACAAGGACGACUGUCUUCUGUUACUGCCCUUCAGCAUUCAAACAGGACAACAUGUGCCCGCCACACGCAUGCAUGUUUCUCUCCCUUUGUCAAUAUUCCUCUCCCAGCUUGGUUUCAGCAUCCUUUCAGUUCAUAAUUAGGUAUGAUUAAGCGUGCAUAAGUUUAUUUAACAUUACUUAUGGAAAUAGAUCCAAUCCUUCCAUCCCUAACCAAACAUAAAAUAAAAGAUAGCCACAUUAAAGGGUUUGGGUUAAUCUGUGUUUCUAUGAAAGCAAUCUGUUUUAUGGCAAAGCAUAGUUUUAAGGAGCCAGUUAUCUAAGGUAUAUAUUGUAUAGCUAGAGAUUUCACAUAUAUUUUAAAUAUAAAAUAUCCAGCUGAUUUUGAAUUUGUCUUAAUUUCCUGACCACCCAGUUGUCCCAUUUUAUAAGCUGGAGCGUUAACUAAUUUAGCAAAAGAUGCUUAGCUUUUAUGACAGAACAAACAUUUCAUUUUCUAAAGACACUCCUAAGGAUGGUUACUUGAUUUUCUCAAGACCUUUAACUGUGUUGAUAAAAUACUAGGACUUGUUUCCAGCCUUAAUGAAUGUAAAAUGCCUUUUAAUGAAGAUAUUGCUGAGUGUUUUCCUCAUCUGAAUCAGUUAUAAAUUUGUCCCCCAGUCUUGAUUGGUAUUGAUUGAUUGAUUCAAAUAAAGUUGGUUUAUUUUCAAAUAUGA